AUGGCGAAACCACAGACGGUCCACGAGGAGGACAUUCCCCACAAACUAGCCGACGAGGCGGUCGUCCGAGUCCCAUUGACGGCCGAGGACAGCAAGCGCAUCUGCCGAAAAACUGACAAAACCAUCCUCCUGGUGCUAGUCUGGGUCUAUUUCCUACAGAUUCUGGACAAGACCGUGCUGGGCUAUGGCGCGACGUUCGGGCUCCAGUCGGAUACCGGGCUGACCGGGAACGAGUACUCGUUGAUCGGCUCCAUUGGCCCUAUCGCCCAGCUGGCCUGGCAGCCCUUCUCCUCCUUUCUCAUCGUCAAGGUGCCGCACAAGAUUCUCAUGCCCGUCAUGUGUUUGGGAUGGGGCAUUGCCCAGGCGUGCAUGGCCGCCAGUUACAACUUCCAGACCCUGAUGGCCGCCCGCUUCUUCCUGGGCCUGUUCGAAGCCGGAUGCCUGCCAUUGUUUAGUGUUAUUACAAGUCAGUGGUAUCUGCGUGCCGAGCAACCCUUACGCAUUGCCGCCUGGUACAGCACCAAUGGAAUGGCAACGAUCAUCGCCGCCGCCUUGUCGUACGGUUUGGCCCACAUCAAAUCCGAUAUCCUUCUCCCGUGGCAGAUCAUCUUUCUCUUCGUGGGACUGUUGACGGUCGUCUCGGCCCCGGUGGUCUAUUGGCGACUCGACAAUGAUGUCUCCACUGCACGCUUUCUCACCCAGAUGGAACGAUUCCAGGGGAUGGAGCGGCUGCGGGCAAACCAAACGGGAACGGGCAGUACCGAGUUCAAGCUCAGUCACGUCUGGGAGACCUUCCUCGAGCCCAAGACCUAUUUGUGGGUGGGCAUGGCCAUGCUGCUCAACAUUGGCGCCAGCGUGACCAAUAUAUUCGGCCCCUUGAUUCUGGGUGGGCUCGGAUACGAUGACUAUACAACCACGCUCUUGACGAUGCCAUUUGGCGCGCUGCAAGUGAUCGUCAUUCUACUGGCCAGUUAUCUCGCCCAGACGGCGCGGGUGAAAGGUGCCGUCUUGGCGAGUUUCAUGCUGCCCGUCGUGGUGGGCCUCGCUAUCCUCUACGCCGUGGCCCGCACCAAAUCGGAGCAAAGCGCGCUGCUGGCAGGUUACUAUCUUCUCGCGUUUCUCUUUGGCGGCAAUCCCCUGGUCGUGACCUGGAUCAUUGGCAACACAGCGGGGACCACCAAGAAGUCCAUUUGCAUGAGUUUGUACAACGCCGCCUCUUCCGCCGGCAAUAUCGUAGGCCCUCUACUCUUCAGCGCCAAGGACGCCCCAACGUACCAUCCCGGCCUGCGGGCCUGUCUGGGGAUCUUCAGUGCCAUGGUGGCCGUAGUGCUGAUCCAAUGGGUGAAUCUCUGUUUCCUCAAUCAAAUGCAGGCGCGCCGCCGCGUGGCCAAUGGGAAGAGUGCCGAAAUCAUCGAUCAUUCCAUGCAGAGCAACUUUCACGGUCUGGCCGACGAGAACAUGGACCGCGAAACGGGCCCGGGAGUGGCGCAUGCCGGAUCAAAUGUCGUCGCGGAGGAUCUGACGGAUCGAGAGAAUGAUGAAUUUGUAUAUAUCUAUUGA